ACAAAAGCCUUUACACAGGUCCUACCUGUGAACCAAACAGCUACCCAUGGCCUGUUAGAAUCUGACUGCCUCCAUUCUCUUAUUUUUUGCAUGUCUCACACCAAAUUAAAGAAAUGAGAGAUUCAGAAUUCUAAGGCUAAUUAGCUCGAAAACACCCGUCUGAACUUGGAUAUUCUUCAAGGAGAGGGCAGGGGCAGUCCUGACUACCCGAGGAACACGUAUCCAAUGGGAGGCCAAAGCCCCAUGUUUUUCACUGGAGUCCUUUUGGCUGUUUUGAUUUCGCCUGCACUGGCUGGACCGUGGGCCAUUAUAUGUGCCGGCAAGUCUUCCAAUGAGAUCAGGACGUGUGACAGCCAUGGCUGUGGCCAGUACACUGCUCAGAGAAAUCAGAGGCUUCACCAGGGUGUGGAUGUCUUGUGCUCAGAUGGAUCUACCGUGUAUGCACCAUUCACUGGAAUGAUUGUGGGCCAGGAGAAACCUUUUAAAAACAGAAAUGCCAUCAAUAACGGUGUCCGGAUCUCUGGAAGAGGUCCAACUUACCGUGGACCUAGUGCCUUCACACAUCCAGCCUGUGGUAAAUCCCCCCAUUCUAGAAGGCAUAACUGGAAUGAGUACACGGAGCAAUUGGCAGAAUGCUGGAGGAGUAGAAUCGCUGGGUUACUUGGUUUCUGUAUUAAAAUGUUCUACAUUAAGCCAGUUAAAUACAAAGGUUCUAUCAAGAAGGGAGAAAAACUGGGAACUCUCCUGCCCUUGCAGAAAGUGUAUCCUGGCAUACAAUCUCAUGUACAUAUUGAAAACUGUGACUUGACUGAUCCUACUGUGUACCUAUAAAUGGAAGACAACCAGAUCUUCUAAAGAGAGAGCCACAGUCUCAAAAUCUGGGUACAAAUCCUGCUGUUCAAGAAAUCUGUGUUCAAAAAGAAACAGGAUAAAUGCAAGAAAGAAAACCGCAUUUUGAUUUCCACUCAUUCCCACGCUGAUGUUUUGAAUGUCAAUUUGGUUCCUCAGGACUGAUCUUUCUGUAACCUACGGGUUCUGGGGUGUGUCUUGUCUUAGGAUUGCUCAGCCCUGAAUACAAAGAAUAAACAAACAUAGGAAUUCAAA